AUGGCCAAGCACUCCUGUCGGCCUGCACUUCAUCCGGCACAGGACAUGUGGAACAGUCGCCCGUCGGCCCACCUCCUGCCACUGGCACUGGGCGCAGUCUGCCUGCUCGCCGGCCGGCUCGUCCUCGCUGGUCACGAGUUCCUCGCCGAGCCCGGCCCUUAUCAUGUCCUCGACAGCCUCGGACUUUCCGAACGGGGCCCGUCCUGCUCGACAAGUCGACCGGCAGCAGGCCCGGGGCGAGCAGGCGGCCUGCCUGCCGAUUCCGAACAAAGAAAGCAUCGACUCAAUUACUUGGACCGCACCCGGGGAGCACGACGAGUCCGCCAGAAAAUGGCGAUUCAUUUGGAGCAUGUCCCUCCAACAGUGAGUCAACAGCUGGCCCCCAAAAACAUUGCACCAGUUGAUGGUCCACACCAGCUAUCAACUCACCCAUUGCCCCUGGCGGAGGGGGCCGUAGUCCCAGACCAUCAGGCCGAGGAGCCUCGAAGGAAUGGGCUGGAUUUGGACCUCAACCAUACUCCACCAUCUAGCCCACCUGUGCAAGUCUCCGUUGGUCACGUUGCACCGCUCGAUCAAGCACCGCCCGGGCACAUGGCCGAGCGAGUGCCGGAUGAGCAGCCAGCGCCAGCCCAUCCUCAGGUCGAUUUGGAUUCCCUGGAUAUGAAUGAACCCAUCCCUGUGGGAUUUACACCAAUCCUAGACCAGGUCCAGAAGGCCAUCGUCAAUCCUCAGCUGCGUAUCAAGUACGAUGCCCCGAUGAAGAAACAGAUCGCCUCCUACCGCGUCAAGUAUCCUCUCCAAAGGGCCAACAGGCUCAACGAGCAAGUCGGGGAUCUUCCAAUCUAUUUCGAAAAAUGCUCUGCUGGUACAUCCAGCCAGCAGAUGCUCUCGCCGAGAAUCGCCAAACGAGCGAAACCGAAAGGACCACCCGCCAAGUAUGAGGGACUAUAUCAGCAUCCGUCCAUGAUCGCCCAUUGGCUCGGUAGCUUGAUCAAAUGUGUUUUGUUCGCCCAUGAUGCCUUCUUGCAGCAGAUCCACACCCCUGUCGAAGAGCAGACCAAAAAACAUGACUCCCUGAUCCGCUGGCUCAACGAGCUCGUCUUCUCCACCACGAACCAUCUCCCGAUCGUUGGGGUGAUCAGCGAACCCGAAUACACCCAUCUUAAGCAGAAGGGCUACACUCCGGCCCAGAAGCAUCUGAUCUACUUCCUCCAGGGGCGAGGUGACGAUCGGAACUUCAAGUUCUACAACGAUUUUAUCACACUGACCCUGAUCGGGAUCUGGUACAAGCGGGAGGCUCCCAACGAGUGGGCCCAACAUUUCCAGGGCAGCGAAUCCACAUUCUGGCUGCGGAUGAGAGAGUCGAUGGAAGAGGCCAAGAAAGACAGAAGAUGUCGAGCCAGCAAGUGGGUCGAACAAGGUCGCGGGGACCAGAGGCCGGACGCGGAGGUGGUCGAUUUCGAGCUACGCGCGCUUCAACAGGGAAUCAACCCACAGGGCGACGCUCACUCGUGGUUAGCAGAACAGUCGUGGGCGGUUCAUAGGAACAAGGACGAGCCGUCGGAGGUCGAAAAACGAAUCAUCUCAGAAUACAGGAGAGUGCUCGAGUUGAUCGAGUUGAAACGAACCGGUAAGCCGAACAAAACUAUCACUGACAUCCCGGCCAAGCUCCACGACGCAGUGGAGCGCAGUACCAGCAAGGAGAUUUGGAUGGUCAGAGUGAUCGAUAGCAUGUCCCGAGCCCAAACCACAAAAUCAGUGGAGUCCAGACUGACUGCUCUACUCGAAGGCUUGCGGCAAUACCACCAAAAUCUGAUCAGCUCCAUGGAACAUUCCGGCAUCCAGACCAUUCCGAAUGCCCACAAUGCCUUUCUGGACUGGUUUGGUGGCACGAUCUUGAAGCCCUCACCUGGACCUGAGCAUCUCUCGCUAUUCGGAUAUAUCUACAAAUCCCAGAUCGGCGAUGCGGAACUGCCACUGGAUGAGACUCGGUUCACCCCGAUCCAGAAUCUCGUCCUGCGCUUCAUAGCUAUGCCCGACAGAACCCGCGAGAUCCCUUUGACCCUGCUCGGAUACUGGUACAAGAAGUACCAGCCUGCUUUUUGGCAGAAGCACUUCCAAGACGAACUCCGCUUCGGUAUGCUAUUCAAACAUACUAAGCACAAUACAUCAGACGUAGGGUGA